UUUAAAUUCAAUACCUAUCUUGUAGAUUACCAGUUUAAACGAACGCUUAUUUUUCUUGGCUCGGGAGCUGGUUUUCUAGUGUUUUAUAAAAAUUGACAGGAGGUUUUGGGUUUCUAUCAAGAGGGGUUGGGUUUUUUUCCCUCCGCGUUAUAAGGCUGCAUUGACUUUGAUAGGGACAGAAACCAAAAAAUGACGCUAACAAGUGUCUCUGCAGUAAUUAAGACUAAUGUCCCACGACAGUCCAUUAAAAAGGACUUCUUGAGCAAAUUAACGGAACACUUAUGCCAGAUCUACAACACGGAAGCAAAGAGAGUGAUUGUGGAAAUCCAUCCGGACACCCCGAUGAUGAGGGGUGGUCUGACGGCUCCCAUGAUGAACAUUGAGUUUUACCACAACACUGACGUCAUAUCACAAACCACCAAACACAAGCACGCAACGGGAAUGGCCAAGUUUAUGGCAGACGAACUACGUAUACCGGUUGACAGAGUCCUGGUUUUGUUUUUCGACACUAGAAAAUGCACAUGAUGUACAUAUCUAAAGAGACUCAAGAUGUUGGCUUCCUAUCAAGUGACUGAAUUGAUGAUGACACACUUUUUGCUCUUUGUUGACAAGUAUUAGACAUCUGAAUUUUUUAUAACCUAGAUGUUGAUAUAUCAAGCAAUUGUCAAUAAAAGUAAUAAAAAACAAAAAUUUA